AUGGAACUCGUUAGGCUUUUGUGGAUCAUAUUUUUCUCUAUAUGUGGAGUCAUCCUGCUUUUAGGAAUCCUCUGUUCCUUCAGGCCAGGGCAGUCGGUCUUUUCAUGCGGAGUGAUUAUGAUAUGGAUUGUAUUUUUCAUAUUCAUUGCGUUGGCCUCUGUUUUACUUUUCUUCGAUCUAAACAGGGAUUACACUCCUGAGUAUUUGGAAUUUUUGUAUAAAACAAAGGUUUUUGAAAAAUCGUAA